AAACUGUUACAAGCCGUGGAUCAGCAAGCUGUUGCGCUUAAGCAAAGUAACAAUAGCAACGGUCCCACUGUACAAAAUAGCGGUAAAAGUGCAAGGGCUUUACGUCGACGCCGUCGUCGCAAUAGGAAGCAACAAAAUUCACAGCAACCUGACGCCUUUAAGGAGCCAAGCGAGCAGCUAACACCUAGCACCUCCGAUUGGAACCGUGCAACGAAUACCCUAACAGACAACAAUAUGCCAGCCCGUUUUUCCGAAGAAGUGAUCACCGCUGAGCCAGCGACGCGUACUGCCCCCCAAUUGGACCUGGGUGGUGGACACUAUGCGCCGCGUCAGCAGGCAUUGAAUGAGGAAAUCGCGAUAACUGGUUUCUCUGGCCGUUUGCCGGAGAGUUCGAAUAUUGAGGAGUUUAAGCAGAAUCUGUUCGAUGGCGUCGAUAUGGUCACCGAUGAUCCCAGGCGCUGGGAGCGCGGUCUAUAUGGACUGCCCGACAGAAUGGGCAAGAUCAAGGAGAGCGAUCUCGAGAACUUUGAUCAGCAGUUCUUUGGCGUGCAUCAGAAGCAAGCCGAAUGCAUGGAUCCCUUGCUUCGCAUUAUGCUCGAGCUGACUCACGAGGCAAUCAUCGAUGCCGGCCUGAAUCCAACAGAUCUGCGUGGCUCACGUACUGGCGUCUACAUCGGUGUCUCGACGUCGGAAACGGAGCAGCAUUGGUGCUGUGAUCCGGAUCGUGUGAAUGGCUACGGAUUGACGGGCUGCGCUCGCGCUAUGUUUGCCAAUCGAAUUUCAUUCACGUUCGAUUUCAAGGGACCCAGCUACAGCAUUGACACCGCCUGCUCCAGCUCGCUGUACGCCCUGGAACAGGCCUUCUCCGAUAUGCGUGAGGGCAAGACCGACAAUGCAAUCGUUGCCGGUGCUGGCCUCAUUCUCAAGCCCACCAUGUCGCUGCAGUUCAAGAGGCUGAACAUGUUGAGCCCAGACGGUAGCUGCAAGGCCUUCGAUGAGUCGGGCAACGGCUACGUACGUUCCGAUGGUUGCGUUGUGCUGCUUCUGCAGCGCACAUCGGUUGCUAAGCGUGUGUACGCUACAAUUUUGAACGUGCGCACAAACACGGAUGGAUACAAGGAGCAGGGCAUCACCUAUCCCAUUGGCAGCAUGCAGAACCGUUUGAUUCGCGAGACCUAUGAGGAAAUCGGCCUAAAUCCCAACGAGGUUGUGUACGUGGAGGCUCACGGCACCGGCACCAAGGUUGGUGAUCCGCAGGAGGUGAAUUCGAUUACAGACUUCUUCUGCAAGAACCGUACCACGCCCCUUUUGAUUGGUUCGGUGAAGUCGAACAUGGGCCAUUCGGAGCCUGCGUCGGGCGUGUGCUCGGUGGCCAAAAUCUUGAUCGCUAUGGAGACUGGCAUCAUACCCGGCAAUUUGCACUACAACAAGCCCAAUCCUGAUCUGUACGGUCUGCUCGAUGGCCGCCUUAAGGUAGUCGAUAAGAACUUGCCAUGGAACGGAGGCAUUAUUGGCUUGAACUCGUUUGGAUUCGGUGGCGCCAACGCUCACGUAAUUCUGAAAUCGAACCCCAAGCCCAAGGCCAUCACCCCACGUAAUGGUGGACCGAAAGUCGUAAUUGCAUCCGGCCGCACAUUCGAAGCCGUACAAGACCUGCUGGAGUCUGCCGCCGAACAUACCGACGACGAUGAAUACUUGCAGCUGCUUAACGACAUUCACUCCAAGCCCAUUCCCUUGCACUACUUCCGCGGCUACACCGUGGUGAGCAACAAGGGCUCGCUGCAGCGCGAGGUGGUUGAGUUCAGCGAUGACAAACGCCCCAUCUGGUUCGUCUACUCGGGUAUGGGCAGCCAGUGGGCUAGCAUGGCCAAGGAUCUAAUGGAGAUCGAUGUGUUUGCCAAGACCAUUCAGCGCUGCGCCGAUGUUCUGAAGCCAGAGGGCGUGGAUCUAAUUGAUGUGCUCACUCGCUCCACGGACAAGAGCUUUGAGAACAUUCUCAACUCGUUCAUCUCGAUUGCCGCCAUGCAGGUGGCCCUAACGGAUCUACUCACCUCGCUCAACAUUCAUCCCGACGGCAUCGUUGGACAUUCGGUGGGCGAGCUGGGCUGUGCCUAUGCCGAUGGCUGCUUCACCCCGGAGCAAACUGUGUUGGCCGCCUACUGGCGUGGCAAGAGCAUCUUGGACACGCAACUGCCCAAGGGCAAGAUGGCUGCCGUCGGCCUGAGCUGGGAAGAGGCGCACAAGGUUGUUCCCAGCGAUUGUUUCCCUGUCUGCCACAACAGCGAGGACAACUGCACGAUUUCUGGACCCGAAGCGUCUAUCGAAGCGUUGGUAGCCAAGCUGAGCGCUCAGCAGAUCUUUGCCAAGGCUGUCAACAGCAGCGGCUAUGCAUUCCACAGCAAAUACAUUGCUGAUGCCGGACCGAAGUUGCGCAAGAGUCUGGAGAAGAUCAUUCCCAAUGCCAAGAACCGUACCGCUCGUUGGGUGAGCACCAGCAUUCCGGAAUCCGCCUGGGGCACACCAGUUGCCAUUCAGUCAUCCGCAGCCUAUCACGUGAACAAUCUGCUCUCCCCUGUACUUUUCCACGAGGCUCUGCAACACGUUCCCAAGAAUGCCAUUGCCAUUGAGAUCGCACCUCACGGCCUACUGCAGGCCAUUCUGAAGCGUGCUCUUGGCCCGGAUGCCACCAAUUUGAGCUUGGUAAAGCGCGGCCACGAAAACAACGUGGAGUUCUUCCUGACCAACGUGGGAAAACUCUAUGCUGCCGGUGCUCAGCCCCAAGUACUGAACUUGGUGCGCCCCAUCAGCUAUCCGGUGGGUCGCGGCACUCCCAUGUUGAACUCAAAGAUCGGCUGGGAUCAUACACAGAAGUGGUUGGUGGCCAAGUUUGGCAAGGAGACGUCAUCGGGCGAGACCAUUGUCGAGGUCGAUCUGUCCAAGGAGGAGGAUGCUUUCCUGGCGGGUCACAACAUUGACGGACGUAUCUUGUUCCCAGCAACUGGCUAUAUGACUCUUGCCUGGAUGACAUUCGCCAAGAUGCGUGGCGGAGAGUUCCACAAGACGCCCGUUGUCAUGGAGGAUUUGGUGUUCCAUCGCGCCACCAUUCUGAACAAGAGCGCCGUGGUUAAGUUUGGCAUCAACUUCUUUGACGGCACCGGCAAGUUCGAGAUCUGCGAGAGCGGCAGCUUGGCUGUCUCCGGCAGGAUUACUAUUCCGGACAGCAUCGAUAACGAGGAGUUGCCCCUGGAGCCCCAGACAGCCAGCACCGUUGCGAAGCAGCUGGCCACCAACGAUGUCUACAAGGAGUUGCGUCUGCGCGGCUACGAUUAUAGCGGAAUUUUCCGUGGCAUUGUUAAAUCCGAUACGUAUGCCUCCACUGGCAACUUGCAAUGGGUAGACAACUGGAUCAGCUUCAUGGACACCAUGCUGCAGUUCAGCAUUCUCAGCAAGAACUUGCGCGAACUGUACUUGCCCACGCGCAUCGAGAAGGCUGUGAUCAAUCCACUCAAGCACCUGGAACUGAUCAACGGACUCAGCAAGGAGGCCCAGAAGGAAACUGGUGUGCCGGUCUACUGGUACGGCGACAUCAAUGUCAUCAAGAGCGGCGGCGUAGAGCUGCGUGGCCUUAAGGCUUCGCUGGCCCAGCGUCGUCCCGGCACCCAGAACCCACCCACCCUGGAGCGCUACACCUUUGUGGCCAACAACAACACAACCGAGCUGCAUGAGAACACUGAGAAGGCUCGUCUGCAUGCUCUCGAUGUGGCCAUUCAGCUAAUCAUCGAGAACUCCGGCGGAGCCGUGAAAUUGAAGGGUGUCGAGCUGGCCAACGGCCGCAAUCCCGAUGUGCUCAUGGCCAACAAUUUGCUGCAGAUAAUUGAGGGCGAGCCUGUGCUCACCGGCGACGUGGCCGUGGUGACAUCCAACAACGAUGAGGAAACUAUUGCCAACGCCCUGGGUGACUCUGGUGUACGCGUCAUCUCCAAGGACGUGCUGAAGGAGCCCGUUGAGCAGAAUUGUCACUUUGUGUACGGCAUCGAUGUGCUCGCCCGUCCGGAUACCAAGACCCUCGAGAACAGCAUUGCUAGCAUUCGGGACAACGGCUUCCUGCUGUUCGAGGAGACGGUGAAUACGUUCACCAAGACUGGACGUGCCCUGCUAGAGAAAUUCGGUUUCGUCAGUGUGCAGGAGCAGGUGCUCGGCGGUACUCGUGUCGUUGUCCUGGCACGGCGCAAGACAGACCUCAAGACCCGCAAAUCUGUGGUCGUCAAUGUCACAGAGAAAAACUUCAACUGGGUGGAUGAUCUGAAAGCUGCCUUGGCCACAGCGGCUACCGACAACACACAAUACGUCUAUGUGGUCUGCCAGAACGAGGAGCUGUUUGGUGCCGUCGGUCUGAUGACCUGCAUCAAGAAUGAGAAUGGAGGCAAACUGGCACGUUUGGUGUUUGUGCAGGAUGCCGUUUCCGAGAAGUUCUCGCUGACCACGCCUGUAUACCAGAAACAGUUGGAGAAGGAUCUUAUUUCGAAUGUACUUAAGAACGGCAACUGGGGCACUUUCCGUCACCUGAAGCUGGAGACGCAGCAAGCUACCCUACAAGUCGAUCAUGCCUAUGUCAAUACCCUAGUGAAGGGCGAUUUGUCGUCGCUGAAGUGGAUUGAGGGCGCCAAGAUCGAGAACUCCACCAAGAAGGAUUUGGAAACCUGCACCGUUUACUACGCGCCCAUCAAUUUCCGUGACGUGAUGCUGUCCUCAGGCAAACUGGCCGCUGAUGCUCUUCCUGGCGACUUGGCCGAGCAGGACUGCGUCUUGGGCUUGGAGUUCGCCGGUCGUGACUCAGCUGGACGCCGUGUCAUGGCCAUGGUGCCGGCCAAAUCUCUGGCAACCACUUGCGUCGCCAGCAAGCGCAUGAUGUGGCAAAUUCCCGACAAAUGGACCAUGGAGGAGGCCUCGACGGUGCCUUGCGUCUAUGCCACUGUCUACUAUGCCCUGCUUGUCCGCGGACAAAUGAAGAAGGGCGAGCGCAUCCUCAUCCAUGCCGGCUCCGGCGGAGUGGGCCAGGCCGCCAUCUCUGUGGCUUUGCAUCAUGGCCUGACUGUCUUCACCACGGUGGGCAGCAAGGAGAAACGAGAAUUCCUGCUGAAGCGCUUCCCCAAGCUGCAGGCGCGCAACAUUGGCAAUUCCCGUGACACUUCGUUCGAGCAGCUGGUUAUGCGUGAAACCAAGGGACGUGGUGUGGAUCUCGUGCUGAACUCAUUGUCGGAGGAGAAACUUCAAGCAUCGAUCCGCUGCUUGGGUCUCAAUGGCCGCUUCUUGGAGAUUGGCAAAUUCGAUCUGAGCAACAACAGCCCCUUGGGCAUGUCUGUGUUCUUGAAGAACACCUCGUUCCAUGGCAUCCUGCUUGACAGUGUCAUGGAAGGCGAGGAGGAAAUGCAGAACCAAGUGGUAUCGCUUGUUGCUGAGGGCAUCAAGAGCGGCGCCGUUGUGCCUCUGCCCACAUCUGUCUUCAAUGACAUGCAAGUGGAGCAGGCCUUCCGCUUCAUGGCCUCUGGCAAGCACAUUGGCAAGGUGGUCAUCAAGGUGCGCGACGAAGAGGACGGCAAGAAGACGGUGCUGCCCAAGCCGCGUCUAAUUAACGCUAUUCCCCGUACUUACAUGCAUCCAGAGAAGAGCUACAUCCUAGUUGGCGGCCUGGGUGGUUUCGGCUUGGAGCUCACCAAUUGGCUGGUGACACGUGGAGCACGCUAUAUUGUGCUCACCUCUCGCUCUGGUGUGAAGAGCGGCUAUCAGGGACUUAUGAUCCGUCGCUGGGAGGAGCGCGGCGUGAAGGUGGUCAUCGAUACCAACGAUGUGACCACAGCCGAGGGCGCCAAAAAGUUGCUGGAAUCUAGCAACAAGCUGGCCUUGGUUGGAGGUAUCUUCAAUCUGGCUGCCGUGCUGCGCGAUGCUCUGAUCGAGGAUCAAACAGCGAAGGACUUCAAGGCCGUUGCCGAUCCCAAGGUGACAGCCACCAAAUAUUUGGACCAAUAUUCGCGCACCAUCUGCACAGAGCUGGACUACUUUAUCUGCUUCUCCAGCGUGUCCUGCGGCCGUGGCAACAUUGGCCAAACCAACUACGGUCUCGCCAACUCGGCCAUGGAGCGCAUCUGCGAGCAGCGUCAAAUUAGCGGCUUCCCGGGCACAUCGAUCCAAUGGGGUGCCAUUGGCGACACUGGCCUGGUGCUGGAGAAUCUCGGCGACAAUGACACUGUCAUUGGAGGAACUCUGCCCCAGCGCAUGCCGUCCUGCCUGCAGACCAUCGAUCUGUUCCUGCAACAGCCCCAUCCGGUGUUGGCCUCCAUGGUGGUGGCCGAGAAACGCAAGUCUGAUCAGUCCGCCGGAGUUAGUCUAAUUGCCACAAUUUCCAACAUCUUGGGUCUACGUGACACCAAAAACAUUCAGGACGCCGCCUCCCUAGCCGAUCUGGGAAUGGAUUCGCUUAUGGGUGCGGAAAUCAAGCAAACUCUGGAGCGCAACUUCGAUAUUGUUCUGUCCACUCAGGAGAUUCGCCAACUGACUUUCGGUGCCCUUAAGGAAAUGGAUGGCGGUGCCGAUGUGAAGACCACUACAAAUACUACUGAUGCCGCAGCCACUGAGACCGCUGCCAAGUCGACGCCUCCGUCGCGCACAGCCAGUCCCAUGGGCGAUGGCACCCAGGUGGUAUUCACCACUGCCCUCAUACCCACUGAGGAAAUUGUCAAGCUGGAGACUCAAGCGCCACCGAACAGCAAACAGACGCCCAUCUUCUUCAUAGCACCCAUUGAGGGCUUUGCCACGGCGGUGGCAUUGCUGGCCAAGCGCCUGGAGGUGCCCGCAUAUGGAUUGCAAUUCACCAGCAGCGUACCCUUGGACUCGAUUGAGUCUGCUGCCAAGUUCUACAUCAAGCAGAUACGCACAGUGCAGCCAAAGGGACCCUACAAGCUAGCCGGCUAUUCGUUCGGCUGUCUGCUUACCUACGUCAUGGCUGGCAUCCUGGAGGAGACCAAUGAAAUCGCAAACAUUGUCAUGCUGGAUGGUGCGCCCACCUACGUCAAUUGGUACACCAGCAGCUUCAAGCAGCGAUACACUGUGGACGACAACAACAGCAAUCAGAGCUACGGCCUGGCCUACUUUGGCCUUGUGCUAGCCAACAUUGAUUACAAAGCUCUGGUACGUUUGCUAUUGGUGAUUCCCACUUGGGAGGAGAAACUCGAGAAGUUUGCCGAGCUCUUGAGCGUAGAGGUUACACAGCCUGUGGAAACAAUCAAAACGGCUGCGAAACUUUUCUACAAGAAACUGGAGUUGGCUGACAGCUUCAAGCCCAAGCUGAAACUCAAGUCGAAGGUGACACUGGUCAAGCCUACCGAUAACUCUGCUAAAAUGGAUGAAGACUACCGCUUGAAGGAGGUUUGCACAAAGCCCGUGGAGGUGCACACAGUGGAGGGCAACCAUCGCACCUUCCUCAUAGAGGAUCAGUCCUUGGUGACCAUACAGAGUAUACUGAAGCGACUCUUCAACUAGGCAACUUAGCUACAUUCCAAAAUGCACGCGCACACUAAACAUAAAUAAUACUCAUGGAAUUUAUAUAUUUCUUAUUUUUAAUAAGAACGUGCACAGGCGCAUCAUCACCCAUCACAACGGCUAGCACAUUUUAUAAAUGAAUUUAUAUGAUUAAGCUACAAGGAAUAUAGUCAAAUUUCAUUUUCGAAUCCACAACACAUUCCCACAAUCAACGAUUUUGGACGGUAGACAG